ACCACCUCACCCUUUCCCUUAUAAAUCAUCCCAACACCCAUAUAUCAAACCUCAACGUAAAAACUAGCCAAUAUAUAGCUUUAGCUUAUAUUAUACACGCACCACACUCAUUGUUCUUCAUCAUAAACCAUGGACUGGUUCUCCUGGCUAUCCAGGACCAGCCUAGAGCCAUCCCUCAUCUACGAAUACGGCCUCGCCUUCGCGCGCAACGAGCUCCAGCUGGAGGAUGCCAUCUACUUCAACCACGAGUUUCUCCAGAGCAUGGGAGUUUCCAUAGCAAAACACAGGCUGGAAAUCAUCAAGCUCGCAAAGAAAGAAGUUGGUGGCGGUGGGGCGGUGAUGAUGAUGAGGAGCAGCAGCAGCAUCAAGUUUUCUAUCAAGAAGUGCCUGAGGAAGUGCUUCAGCAAGCUCGUUUCGCGUGAAGAUCACCACGAAGCGAUGAUGGCGACAACAGCGAUGAUGGCGACCGAGCCGAAUUGGUACCAAGGGAAGUGGAGGAGGGCAAGGCACAAUGGGAACAAUGAGGAUCUCAAGGGAGAUAAUAAUAAUAAUAAUAAUAAUAACAAUAAGGGAGUUCAAAGAAGUAGAACUAUUGCAUUAUCAGGGCCUUUGGAUGGGAAUGGAAGAAUAAUUCACGAGAAGAUGAUGAACAACAACAAGGUGAUGAAACUAUCUGGUCCUCUUGAUGGGAAAAUGAAUGGUGGUAACAAUGAGAGAGUGAAUAUGUAUGCAAGUGCAAAUAGAAGUCCAUUGAUGAGUGCUAAUACCCCUACUAGGCCUCUUGAUGGUAGGUUCAUGGGCUCAGUAAAGAGCCCUAGGCUUUCUGGGCCACUUGAUGCAAGACCAACCAUGGUUAAUAGUAGAAGCCCAAGGUUAACUAGGCCUUUAGAUGAUAGGACUGAGAGCCCAAUGGGUUAUAGUCCCUACAAUAAGGUCAGAGCUGAUGCUGCUGAUUAUGAUGAUGAUUAUGCAAUGUGGCCUACAUUGUUUGAGGAUCUUAAACCAACUUAGAUUAUUAUUAUUAUUUUGUAUUUGUUUUCUCAUGGCUUAUUAUUAUAUUAUUACACCUUGAUGGCGAGUGACAGCAACGUUUUUUGGUACAAUAAUGAUUAGUAGCUUGUGAAAAUGAAAUGUGAUGUUUACUGCAA